AUGGCACCCCUGAGAUCCAUUUCCGAGCUUGCGACAAUCAUCGAGCGCAACACACGGAUCAUUGAGGACGGAUUGGAAGGAUCGCCUACAGCCCAGUUUUCCCUUGCGUUGGGAGCUCCGCCGCAAAUUGAACUACCUCAUUCUUUAGAAACCACUCGUGGUGAGCUCCUUGAGACUCUCGACGAACUACACUCCCGUCUAUUAGGCCCAUUAGGACAUCUCCUCAGAUUGUUAUUUCCCACUCCCGCUUUGAUAGCUAUUUUCCAAACACUAUAUGAAUUUGACAUCGCUUCUCAUGUGCCCCUUUCUCCAGGAGAUGAGAUCUCGUACGAAGAUCUUGCGAAGAGCUGUGGUCUCCCAGAAGAUAACACGCGUCGUAUAGUCCAAGGUGCUAUCGCUUUCCGCGUCUUUAAGGAAGUCACCCCAGAUGUGUCUAUCAGACACAACGCUAUCUCAUCCGCACUUACUGUACCCCAGCUGAAGGACAUGUUGGGUUUGUUCAUUGACGAGCAGCUAUCAGGAUGCUCUAAGAUAGUUGAGAGUAUCCAGCGAUUCCCAGAUAGUGGCGAGCCAGGACAUUCGGCUUCAGUAUUGGCGUUUAGAGAGGCUAAAGCCGUGAAAGAGAAUGGGAUCAAUAAAGAGGAAAUUUCUGAUCCGAGCAAGAACAUCUUUGACUAUCUUGCAGAAGACGAGAAACGGGUGGCUCGCUUCCGUUCAGCUAUGGGGAUGUCGAAUAAAUCCCUAGCUUUGAGGUCAUCAUACUUCGUUGACAGUUUACCAUGGGCAGAUAAAAGUCAGUGCCCAGAGACAAUUGUCGAUAUUGGAGGAUCUGGCGGCGACCUGUGCCAUCUAGUACUUCGGACCCACCCUCACGUCAAGAAAGCCGUCGUACUGGACCUUCCAGAGGUCAUCGCCGAUGUCGAGGUCCCUGAAGAUUUGAAGAACAGGCUGGAGUUUGCAAGCUACAACUUCUUUACAGAGAAGGUGACGCAUCAGGCAGACGCAUACCUCUUCCGCCACAUUUUCCAUGACUGGAGCGAUCAAUAUGGUGCUAAGAUCCUGAAGAAUUUAGUACCGGCCCUCAAAAAGGGAACCAAGAUCUGGAUAUCCGAAGUUGUUCUCCCUCCCUUGAGUGAAACGAACCAUACGAAAGAUCAAAUGCAAAGGGUUGCGGAUAUCUUCAUGAUGGCCGGAUUCAAUGGCAAAGAGAGAAGUAAGGGUGGGUGGGAAGCUCUACUGGCUGCGGCUGACAAGAGAUUCCGCAUUGCCAACAUUACGAGGCCUGAUGGUGCUCAUGACUCGGUCAUUGAAGUCGUAUUUGACGCAUAG